AUAGAGGUACUUUUGGAGAGCCUAAACUGUUCCUGAUAUUUUUCAUGAGUCACCUUAUUUGAUUAUACCAAAAAGCCCUUACAAAAUGGGAACGAUCAUACUCAUUUUACAGCCAACCUCCUCCUCCGCCAACCUAACCUGUGCUGGGUCACCCGAUCUCCUCUCUUCUCUCCGGGCCCUCGUUUGCCUGCAGAACUCCUUCAGUCUAAUGGCUUCAGAUACCAUCUGUAGGUGCUGAAGACUUCCUAACCGUGGCCUGGAACCAACCCUGCAACAUCUCUGAGGGACACUGAUUCUGAAUGCAUGUAGGGCAGGGCGAAAAAGAGGGAGACCCUUACUCAUCCAGGAGAUGUGAAUCAACUGUCCAACAUGACUAAGACACUAGUUCCUGUCCUGGAAGGUACUCAAUCUGCCUGGAAGAAUGGGUCUACAUUUCGCACAGUUUGGUUUGUUUACGGAAUGAUGUCAUCUGGGGAAGGAGCUCUUUUUCCUGAGGCAAGGAAAGUUUGAGAAGUACAGCCAGAGGUGAGGGGAGCCUGGAACGUUCUCCAAGAGGGAGGUGACUUGGUUGUCAUGGAGAAGGACCAUCUGGGGGUGAGGCUGCAGGUUGGCAGUGUGACAGUAAUUGAUUGCUGGUGGAAAGGUAUAAAAGCAGCUGCCAGGCCCCGAGGUUCGCCAGACAGCUCAGGGAGGAUUCCACUCUGGACAGCGGCACAUCGUCCAGAGGCCGUAGCACAUCUUCCUCGUCGCCCUCCUCCCAGCAAUCUGACGCCGGACACAGGGCUCCAACUGCUGGACCCCGAUCCCUCUGCCCUGAGCUUCCUGGGGGCUUUCUGUGGACUUCCUUGCUCAUCCAGCUCCCCUGCUACCCCCAGACCUCCUCAGCUACAGGUUGCUGCUUCCUUGUGGCCGGCAGCCAUGAGGUCCCGGCUUUUGCUUUCCGUGGCCCACCUGCCCACAAUUCGGGAGACCUUGGAGGAGAUGCUGCCUGGUGGGCCUGGAGAGGACCCCCCCGCCUCCCCUAGCCUGGAUGACUACGUGAAGUCCAUCUGUCAGCUGGCGCAGCCCACCUCAGUGCCGGAUGAGGCUGCAGCCAGGGUCCGACCCAGGAGACCCCACCGGCCAGCCCGUUCCCGUGAGAAGAGCUACACCCCUGGGUCCCUACAGGACAUCACCACCCGCUUCAGUGGCCAGCAGCCCACACUGCCCGGGGCCAGCACUGUGGACCCCCUGGACUGGCUCUUUGGGGAGUCUCAGGAAAAUCGGCCAAGUGGGAGGGACAUGCCAAGGAGGACUGGAUCCUCUGCUGACCCCUGGGCUUCAUGCAGACAGACGGACAGUGGCAAGGCCCGGGAGGCCCCCAGAGGGAGGCUGAGUGAUGUCAGGGCUCCAGGGCACUCUCUGCUGAGACUGCAGAGGGACUGGCACCAGUGCUCCCAGGCUUCUGGGCAAGCUGGCCAGGAUGCAGUUUCCCCAACAAGCCCCCGUCCCAGCAGCGUCCUUAGAACUCUCUAUUUGCACCUCCCCGUGAUCCAUGAACUCUGACCCCUCCCCAAUAAAGACUUCUGCAAAUAACA